AUGCAGUACAGUGGAGUGGCUGAUGUUGACCGCCUUGCAGAGCAAAUGUACUCUAGCCCAGAUCUGGUAACACGACAACAGGCGCAGGCAUCCCUUGAACCCCUCAUUAAAGAAGAUGCGGAUAGUUCUUUCCAUAUUACAAUUCUUCAACAAUCCAACAAUCAAUACACACUUUUGUUUAUGGCCCAAGGCCUUGUACUUUGGUAUAAUGCCGCACGUAAAUGGAUGAGUAUUGAACAAAAACGAGAAUUUGUAGUUGUUCACUGUGGUGGUUGUCUUAAACGUAUUUUUGACAGUGGAGCUCCAAAGCAUGUAGUGACAAGUCUUCUUACAGCCUAUGCAAAGUUAACAAAACUUUCUUUUGAAAAUGAACCAUUUUUAGAAGCGGCAGUGGAUUUUCCUCUUGAAUUAUUACAACAAGAACAAGUGGAAUCUUCUUAUUGUUUGCUUAGUCUAAUGCUUCUUAAUACAAUUGUGGUGGAGUUUUCUAAAUUUGAUUCUAGCAAGACACAAACUUACCUUACAUUUGUAGCCCAUCGUCAUUGCAGUAGUAAUUUUAAAGAGAAAUCACUUCUUAAUAUUUUUAUGAUUGCAGUGAGACGUCUGGAACAAGUAACAGCAAAUUCUCCGCAUGUUGCGGAAAUUGUAAAACUUGUGGAAAGUUGUUUAUGUUUUGAUUUUCGUGCUAUUACCGUUGAUGAUACAGAAGAUUUACCGUUUGCUCAGUUUCCACAAUCAUGGAAGAGUAUAUUAUUAAAUUUACAGUAUUUAAACUUAUUAUGGGGUAAACAUGCAGAAUUACCUUAUCCACUCUGUGCUAGUUUACUUACAGGUAUGAUGAGUAUCUGUGGUGUACAUCGUACCUUUUUUGACACCCCAGAAGAACGAUCACAAUAUCUAAAGUAUACUUUAACUGUAUUAACCGAAACAACUAUGUUGCAAGAUGGUCGUCUUAAAAUUCCAAAAUAUGUUGAAUUGUUUACUGAAACAUGUAGACGAGUUUUAUUAUCUUUUGGAUACCGUGAUUUAUAUCAAUUACCUGUAUUUGGGGUAUGGAUAAAUGCUAUGCGUAUGGUUUCUAUGGAAGUCGUUUCUAUUCCAUUUGGUCAGGAAGGUUCACUCUCUACAUCUACUACUGUUAUGUCUUAUUGGGUAGCUUUAUCUAAUUCAAAGAGACGUUCUUAUAGUGAUCAAAAUCAACGGGAUAUUGAAGAUAUAGCUUUACAAGUAUUACAAGCAUUUAUAGAAGCUCGUGUUCGUACACCAGAAGGAGGAGGAGGAGGAGGAGGAGGAGAUGGAGGUCCAGUUUCAUUAAAUGAUGAUGAUGGAGAUCAUCUUAUUGAAGCUGUGAUUUCUCAAUCUGAAUCCUAUACUGCUGUUUGUCUUUUGGAUCCCGUGAUGUCUUUAAAUGCUCUUGCGAAUUAUUUAGAUCAACAAGUUGGUACUUUUAUUUUAUCUUCUCCCUCUUCACGGGGAUGGUUAUUCUUUUUAGCAGGUGCAAUCUUACGUAUUGUACCUUUUAAUAUGGAGAAUUCCGGUGUAGAACCCUGUGCACGUCUUUGUGUAUAUUUAGCAGGAUGUACUGCACAUAGUCCUCGUGGUGGGGAUGCAAAGAUUUGUGGUAGUUUUGUAGAGCGUGGGUUAUUGUAUUUUCUCACCUCUACACAGUUAAUGCUUCUUGGUGUUCAUAAUGAUAAUAUUUCAGCAGUAGUGGUGAAAGGGUUUGGAUCUCAUGCAGGAUUAUUUCAGUUUAUAUUAGAUAAUGCGGGUUGCAAUUUACUUCGUGGAGAUGAUGAUCCAGAUGCGGCGGAGAUUAUUAGAGAAAGUGCGGAUUUAAUUACAAAUUGUUGUCGUGAUGUUCAACCAUCUUUUUUAAAAGAUUUAACAUUUGAUCUUCCUCCUAUUUCAGAACUUCCACUAGCACAAUCGGAACGUACAUAUAAAUUACGUACCAAUUUAAUGAGAGCCUUAUGGUUUAUAGGUAGAUCAGAACCAAAUACACGAGAACGAAUGGAAGCCUAUCUUUAUAAUGUUGAAGUUUGUAUGCGACAUACAGUAAAUAAUGAAAUGACAAGUACAAGUUUUAUUGCUGGAUGGUUACGAGAUUUACGUGGAGCUUGUCAAGCCUUAAAUGAAGAUGAAAAUAUAUUUGCAGAUUUUAUUGAUUGGUUUUGUGCACGUUUUGAUGUAUUUAAUUUAGUUUUAGAUAUAGCCUCCAAUUCAUCUGUAGUGGUAAUUGCACUUAUGCGUUUCUUAUGUGAACUUGUAACUCCUGGUAGAUAUGGAAGAUUACAUGUUUCCUCAAGUAGUAAUAGUGCAAUGGGUUUAAUGUUAUUUAAACACCUUUGUGGUCUUAUCGCGAAGGUUGGGGGAAAAUGUUUUGCAUCUGAACAUAUUAUGGCUCUUGAAGGGUCAUCAUCUGAUUAUCAAAAUACACUUAAACCUUGGAUGCUUUCUAUGGAAAUAUUAAAAUUAUGUGUACAGGGAUCUUUUGUACCUUUUGGUGCCAUGUUAUAUUACAAUGAUGAGACCUUUGAAUAUACAACAGCAGAACUUUUGUGUAAACUUACAUUAUUAGGACCUAAUUUAUUUAAGGAACAUGCAAAGUUUGCCACUACCGCACUUGAUUUAUUAAGAUCUUUAACAGAAGAGAAUUUGUAUUAUCCAUUACGCCAAUUAAAAAGCAAUGAACUUUUAACAUUGAUUAAUAUUGUGAUACUUAUUUGUGAAGAUGUAGAUGCCCCAUCUGGGGUUUUACUCUUUGGAUUAAGUUUUCUCGCCUUUAUUGCUGGACUCGUACGGGAAGUAAAGGCGAUGUUUCUUACUCCAUCUCAACAACCCUCCUUAUCAGGCACCGCAGCCGCAUUAGGGAAUAGUGGUAGUAACGCCAAUACACCACCACCGCCCAUAUCGCCAAUGCUCCACGGCUUUGUGCCGCCAUUGCAAUUACAAACAUCCGCCACUCGAAGUGGAACACAAAGUCGACCUCCACGAUUUGCACGUGAGGUGCGGGAACAAUUAGCCGCCCUGCUGGUUCCUUAUGAAGAUUUAUGGCAGCGGCUUAUUACAGUAGCGAUGAAUAUUAUUGCAUUUCGUGAUCGGGCGGUUAGUGCGAGUAGUGCGGUGGUGUUUCCCAUCUUUGAAGCUCAUCCACCCUUUUGGUUUGGCUUUAUGGAUCAAUUUGUGGCUUCCUUUCCAGAGCGUAAGCAGUCGGCGGUGCGGGAGGCUUUGUCGGUACUCACACAUGCGGGGGAAACGCAGGAGAAGUUCUUCUCAGAGGUAUUUACCUUUAGGCAGGCACUACGACGCCUUAACGUUUAA